AUGAAUAGAAGUUCCAAAAACUUAAAAGUGUAAUCUAACUUUGAAUUCGAUACUAUCAUCUCAUAAUUGGAUAGUGGAUCACCUUUAACAUAGAUUCAAACAAAGAAAUUUUCAGGAAUUAAAAAUCUUGAUCUUUUUGAAAUCCAGGAUGAUUAAUAUGAAACUCCAAAAGAAUCAUUUAAUUCGCUAAUGGAGGAGGAUCUAGCUUAAUAUCAAAGAGUAGAAUAAGAAAGGAUGAAUUAUUACUUUUUAAAGUUAAGUAAUUAAAAGAAAUAUGAAAUUUCUAAAUCUUCAUUCUAAAUAUAGAUUUUAUAACUUAGACAUGGCAGUCAAGGAUUUUCUUUAAAUAUAAAAAUAUUGUAUUAUUCAUUACAAAUAAAAUUUAAGUUCUUAGAUUAGUAUUCUUUAGAAAUAAACAAUUAAUUUAGAUGA